AUGGCUACGGUGAAUCUAAGUGCUAAUCCGAUUUCUCAAUCAACUUUAACAACAGUCGAAGAAUUCGAACAAGAAGUAAACGAACCGGAGAGUAACGAUUGCUGCCAUGAUAGAUGUUGUCCGUGUUUCAAUCAAUGGUGGAAUGUUAAGUUUCAACACCAACGUAAAAUUAUGCAUGUUGUCGAAAAAACGAGCUUUCAUAAUUAA